GUCUCGAAGCCUGCUGCGGGGAGAAGAUGGCGGUCGCAGUGAGAACUUUGCAGGAGCAGCUAGAAAAGGCCAAAGAGAGCCUAAAGAACGUGGAUGAGAAUAUUCGCAAGCUCACCGGGCGGGAUCCGAAUGACGUGAGGCCCAUCCAAGCCAGAUUGCUGGCCCUUUCUGGUCCUGGUGGAGGUAGAGGACGUGGUAGUUUAUUGCUGAGGCGUGGAUUCUCAGAUAGUGGAGGAGGACCCCCAGCCAAACAGAGAGACCUUGAAGGGGCUGCCAGUAGGCUGGGCGGGGAGCGUCGGACGAGAAGAGAAUCACGCCAAGAAAGCGAUCCAGAAGAUGAUGAUGUUAAAAAGCCAGCAUUGCAGUCUUCAGUUGUAGCUACCUCCAAAGAGCGCACACGUAGAGACCUUAUCCAGGAUCAAAAUAUGGAUGAAAAGGGAAAGCAAAGAAACCGACGAAUAUUUGGCUUGUUGAUGGGCACCCUUCAAAAAUUUAAACAAGAAUCCACUGUCGCUACCGAAAGGCAAAAGAGGCGCCAGGAAAUUGAGCAAAAACUUGAAGUUCAGGCAGAAGAAGAGAGAAAGCAGGUUGAAAAUGAGAGGAGAGAACUGUUCGAAGAAAGGCGUGCUAAACAGACAGAACUGCGGCUUUUGGAACAGAAGGUUGAGCUUGCGCAGCUGCAAGAAGAAUGGAAUGAGCAUAAUGCCAAGAUAAUUAAAUAUAUAAGAACUAAGACAAAGCCCCAUUUGUUUUAUAUUCCUGGAAGAAUGUGUCCAGCUACCCAAAAACUAAUAGAAGAGUCUCAGAGAAAAAUGAAUGCUUUAUUUGAAGGUAGACGCAUCGAAUUUGCUGAACAAAUAAAUAAAAUGGAGGCUAGGCCUAGAAGACAAUCAAUGAAGGAAAAAGAGCAUCAGGUGGUGCGUAAUGAAGAACAGAAGGCGGAACAAGAAGAGGGUAAGGUGGCUCAGCGAGAGGAAGAGUUGGAGGAGACAGGUAAUCAGCACAAUGAUGUAGAAAUAGAGGAACCAGGAGAGGAAGAGGAAAAGGAAGUAGGUAUAGUUCAUAGUGAUGCAGAAAAAGAACAAGAGGAGGAAGAACAAAAACAGGAAUUAGAAGUUAAGGUGGAGGAAGAAACUGAGGUAAGGGAAAGUGAGAAGCAGCAGGAUAGUCAGCCAGAAGAAGUUAUGGAUGUGCUAGAGAUGGUUGAGAAUGUAAAAACUGUAAUUGCUGAGCAGGAAGUAAUGGAAAUAAAUCAAGUUGAAAGUGUAGAGCCUUCAGAAAACGAAACUAGCAAAGAAUUGGAGCCAGAGAUGGAAUUUGAAGUUGAGCCAGAUAAAGAGUGUAAAUCUCUUUCUCCUGGGAAAGAGAAUGUUAGUGUUCUAGAAAUGGAAAAGGAGUCUGAAGAAAGAGAAUCUGAGCCCCUUCCUGAGCCUGUGGCUCAGCCUCAGCCCCUGUCUCAGCCCCAGCCCCAGCCCCAGCCCCAGCCUCAAUCUCAGCCCCAACCAAUACUCCAGCCCCCAACUCUCUCUCAGCCUGAAACUUUGCCAUUAGCUGUUUUACAGCCACCACCUCAGGUUAUUCAGGAGCAUUUACUACCUGAAAGGAAGGAGUUUCCUGUAGAGACUGUAAAACUCUCUGAGGUGCCAGUAGAGCCAUUCUUGACAGUACAUGCAGACAGCAAAAGCAAAACCAAAACUAGAAGCAGAAGUAGAGGUCGAGCUAGAAAUAAAACAAGCAAGAGUAGAAGUCGAAGCAGUAGCAGUAGUAGUUCUAGUAGCAGUUCAACCAGUAGUAGCAGUGGAAGCAGUUCCAGCAGUGGCAGUAGUAGCAGUCGAAGUAGUUCCAGUAGCAGCUCUAGUACAAGUGGCAGCAGCAGCAGAGAUAGUAGCAGCAGCACUUCUAGUAGCAGUGAGAGUAGAAGUCGGAGUAGGGGCCGGGGACAUAAUAGAGAUAGAAAGCACAGAAGGAGCGUGGAUCGGAAGCGAAGGGAUCCUUCAGGACUAGAAAGAAGUCACAAAUCUUCAAAAGGUGGGAGUAGUAGAGAUACAAAAGGAUCAAAGGAUAAGAAUUCGCGGUCUGACAGAAAGAGGUCUAUAUCAGAGAGUAGUCGAUCAGGCAAAAGAUCUUCAAGAAGUGAAAGAGACCGAAAAUCAGACAGGAAAGACAAAAGGCGUUAAUGGAAGAAGCCAGGCUUCCUUAGCCUAUUCUUUGCAGCAGAAGAUUUCUUGAUGAGUAAAAGGAUUACCUUUCCUUGUAAGGAGGAUGCUGCCUUAAGAAUUGCAUGUUGUAAAAAAUCUUUUUGGAAAAUACAGACUGUUUGUUUACCAGACAUUCUUGUACUUUUUGCAUAAUUUUGUAAGAGUUAUUUAUCAAAAUUAUGUGAGGUUCCAAAAUAUGUAAAAUA